AUCCGUGCUUAAGUUUCCGUGCUCAUCGUUCCUUGUGCUCAUCGUUCCUUGUGCUCAUCGUUCACCAAUCCCUCUCGUCCAUAAGUCAUCAUCCAUGUUAUCAUUGAUGAUCAAUGAUCGACACGUACAAUUAAUGUGUGAAAAAAAUUAAGCUUUAUCCACGCAUAUACAUUGAGAUAUUUGUGAUCGAAUAUAUCUCAAUGUAUGUAUAUGUCUAGAUUAAAGCUUAAUUAAACUUGACGUCCGAUUAUUUUCCGAUGAGAAGAAAAAUAGUGAAUAUUUUCUCGUCCAAGAAAAAAUACAAUUUUUGGAGGUAUAAAAGUGAAUGAUUUUCUUCGAAGAAGUCAUUCAAUUAUUUGAAUCAAAUAAUAAUUAUUUUGUUUUAUAUUUUAGAUUGGCUUCGACAAUACAAAAUUAUUCAAAAUCAACAUCGAACAAUAAAAUAA